UCCUCUCUAUCUUGAAGAACCCUAGUCAUUGUAGUUCUAAGAUUCUGAGUGAAAUUGCUCCUUUUUUGGCUGAUCUGUAUCAAUGGCAAGCUCGAGCGCUUACUUGAGCUUUGUUUUGGUGAUCUGUUUAAUUUCACCUGCAAUUUCAGGUCCAUUGAAGGUUGGGUUUUAUCAGAAGAAAUGCCCAUCUGCUGAGGCCAUGGUGAGAGAGUCAGUACAGAAGGCUCUAGCUGCGGACCCUGGAGCUGUUGCUCCGCUCAUUAGGCUCCAUUUCCAUGACUGUUUUGUCAGAGGUUGCGACGGGUCCAUUCUUCUCAACUCGACCAAAGGGAACACCGCGGGGAAAGAUAGCAUGGGAAACCUCGGCAUCGGGGGCUUUGAGGUGAUCGACGAUGCCAAGGCCAAGAUUGAAGCCCAAUGCCCUAACACCGUCUCAUGUGCCGACAUUGUGGCCUUCGCCGCUCGUGAUGGUGUUCGAGCUGCCGGAGGCUUUCACUAUGCCGUCCCUAGCGGGAGGCGGGAUGGGAGAGUCUCGCUCGCGUCGGAGGUGAUCAAAAACCUCCCCGGCCCAUUUUUUGAUGCUGUGCAACUCGAAGCGAACUUUGCGAAGAAAGGGCUUUCGCUCCGAGACAUGGUGACUCUCUCCGGAGCUCACUCCAUCGGGGACUCUCAUUGCUCCCAAUUCACGAAGCGACUCUACUCCUUCAACUCGACUUAUUCACAAGAUCCUUCCCUUAAUCCUAAUUAUGCCCAUCUUUUGAAGACCAAGUGCCCGCGAAACGGCCCCACCGACCCGAUCGUACCAUUCGAUCCGGUGACGCCGAACGUACUCGAUAAUGCUUACUACCACAACUUAAAGAGUGACAAGGGAUUGUUGUAUUCGGACCAAGUGCUGUGGGAUGCGUCAUUGACAAGGGGGUUAGUGAAGGACAAUGCGAACCACCCCAGCGCUUGGGCUCGGAGGUUUACGGCCGCGAUGGUGCGCAUGGGUUUGAUCGAGGUGCUCACUGGCACGCAAGGCGAAAUUAGGAAGAAUUGCAGGGUGAUAAAUUAAAAGAUUCGUGUCAAUGUUCGAUAACUGCUUCUGUUUUGAUCUUGUUCUUCAAAGGCGUUCGCGCUAAUGUGUGAAGUUAAGAGCCGGGUAACUUUUUGGUGGUGCAAUAAUCCUGGUGUCCUCUGAAUUUGUGUACUACAUGCGGUCUUAAUAAAUGAAUGACAGAUAUGAUUGCUCUCAA